CAAUUGCCAUGUGGUUCACUCCGACUUCGGAUGUGGUUAUAGGCUUUCGGGUCGCGCUUUUAUUGUCAUAAUUAUAUAAAAAAACAAUUUUUCUACAUUCUAAAUCCGUUAUACCUUUCAAAGCCGCGCAUCGUGGUGUAACAAAAUGUCAAAUGGAUUAUCUCAAGAAGAAAUCAAUGAGUUGCGAGAGCUCAGAGAAUUACUUAAACGACAACAAGUUCAAGAUGACAAAGACGAGCCGAGAAGCCUUCCAAAUGAAGUUCGCUUGGAGAUGGAACAAGCUCCCCCAAGUCAACCCAAGAACAAACUCAGACAAUAUGCCAGGAAUACCAGCAAAUAUGAAAGAGAUUCCUGGACAAAGAGUGAAACGGUCAACCGAGUUUACCUUCCAGAACUCAAGAAUACAACGCUGAUGCAGUGCAACACAUCAAUGCGAUCAGUAAGGGAGCCGACAGGCUUAGGACAGCAGCUCGAGGAGCAACAGAGCUUUUCUCAGACAUCCAACAAACCCUGGGGAACGGAUGUGACGAAAACACCAUGGAAAUCAUCUUGGAAAGGGCUCGACGCUUAUCAGUAUACUGCUGGGCCACAGGCAAAGAAUUGGACAGAGAUCAAAGAUGCAAGCCAAUUUUCUAUUAAAGCUCUCAGAUUGCCCGACAAUCUCAAGUACCUGGAAGAAGAUGACGAUGACGAAGACAAAGACUACUUCUUCGACACCGACACUAUUGAGAAGAUUCAAAGAACUAGAUUUGAAAACUUAAUCAUGCGUAAACAACAAGGAAACUACCAUCAACGAGGACAUCAACAUGGUGGAUUCUCCAAGAACAAGGAUAGUGGAAAGAGUUUUUUUUCCGGGAAGGGCAAGUUCAGACUCAAGCCAAAACCAAUAGGAAACAACCAGGAACAGCCAAGGGAUUCGGCCAAGGAACAGCGAGGCAAGCAUUCACCCAAAACUUCACUUAAACAAGGUGAAUCAGUAUAAAAGAAAAAAGACUAAAAACAUUAGAAAAUUUAAAAAACGAUCCAAAAAUAGAUGCUCAUUAUUCUAUACCAGAAGAUGGCAUCCCGCCAGGUGGAAGACUUCAGGUGUUCC